AUGAGCAUGACAUGGACAUCGCCUUGGACUGCCUAUGAGGCUCUCAAGCUGCUUGGGGCGGGCGGCUACGGCCAGGUCUAUCUCGCCCGCCACGUCGCCACCGACCACAUCGUUGCGCUCAAGGCCUUGCCGCUUGCGACCAGCGACCCUGCAAGCGCUCGGCGCGAGAUUGAGAUUGCUGCCCACGUGCGCCACCCCAACCUCGUCCAGAUCUACGAGGCCAAGUUUACGGUAUCGUACCUGCUCUUGGCGACAGAACAAUUGGGCGAGGACAGCCGAGUAUUCGAGACUCGGAACCGAUGCGAUCCGGUCGGUUGUGUCGCCGUCAACGGCGUCGACAUUGUCGUCAAGAUACUUCUUGAGUGGAAUGACGUCUUGGUCAUCGUUGAUGAUGACCUCGCGCUCGAUCGCGUCGGUUUCGGCGGCCAUGCGAUCGCGCAUUUCUGUGCUGUCGUCGAUAGUGACUUCAACGUAGCCCGGAUGGUCCACGCCUUUCCGACGUAA